AGUUGCUUUCCUCCCCAACACCCUUCUGCUAUGAUGUUCUGCCUCCCCAGGGGCCCAGAGCAAAUCAUUGGUCCAUCUAUAGACUGAGCCCUGACACUGUGAGCACCCCAAAAAAUUCUGGGGCUCUAAUUUUUCUGGUCAGGUCUUGUGGUCACAGCAACAAAAAAGUAGACUAAAAAAGGCAGGCUAGUGAAUGUAGUGGCCCUGGGACACAAGACACCAGCAGAAGACCCCAGACAUGCAGACACAUGUGUGGGGACAGGGCCAGCUGCACAGGGCCGAGGUGCAAUGGGGUCAGGAGUAAGAGGAUUCUUAACGUCCGUCACUUCUUACUUGUUCAAAUUUCCAAGCAUGAAUUUGUUUUGAAUUUAGGAGACAGAGAAGAAAGGACACAGAGACAAAAAGCAUGGGGGGCCCCACUGGGAGGAGAUGGUGAUGACACACAGAUUGGCCACAGCCCUGCAGCUUGGGGGCCCAGGGAGUUGGAGUCCAGGCACUGCAGAGGCCCAGAGCCUCACUAAUUGGCCAUUGGAGGCCAAGUACCAGCCCUGCCAGGUACACAGUGACCCCAAGUGAAGGUGCCUUAACACGCUGCCCAGCUGGCAGGACAGGAGAGGAGGCGGACGUGGGGCCCCUGCGCUUCACAAAGCCUAGGAGCCUGCUACACACACAGCCUGGGCCCAGAGCCUCACUGGACCUACUACUGCCUGCCGCCUCACUCACUGCUCAGGAGGUCACAGCUGAGCCGCAGAGGACAAGGGGACUGGGCAUCCGCCUCCCUGUCUCCAGCACAGACUUGGCUCAGGAGCACAGGGACCCUGGAAGCACAGCUGCUGGCUGUAUGACCAUGGGCAGUCCUAACCCUCACCUGGACAGGUAAGGUCAACACACCACCUGCUCAGGCCUGCCAGGACCAGAAGCUGACCAUGAGUGAGCAGGCAGCAGGGCUGUGUAUGCAGUAAGCACUCAGGCCUUGCCCCAGCAGGGAGGCAGAGACCACUCCCCUGCCCGCACCCUGCCCUGCACCCUGCCCUCCACCCUGGUGGCUGGGCAGGGCCUGUGAGCCUUGGCCUGAGCACCCGCUGGCUGCCCCUUGCUAAGCACAGGCUCCGAGUCUGCAGGCUGGGGCUGCGGCUCCUGCAUUUCCACCAGCUCCAGGGGCCAGGGACGCUGCUGGCUCAGGACCACGCUGUGCACAGUAGGCCAGGGACAGUGGGGAGGACAGGCCAUCCUAUCACACCCAGUCAGUCCUCCAGCUCCCCAGCAGAUGGGCACCCUCCCUACCCCGUGGCCAGCUGCUCAUUCCACUGGGCCCAGGGAUGGCCCUGCGUCCUCACCAAGCUGACAGCUCUGCUCUGUCCCUCUUCCCACGUGAGUCAAUGACCUUGGCCUUGGGGUGGGCAUUCCAAGUAUCUUCAGCUCAUCACAAGGUCAAGCCGUGCAGUCAGGUGGGCACCACCAAGGGGGUGUUCAAGAAUUCUCUGGUUCAGUGUGCAGCAUGGCACUGACACGUCUCUGUACUCCACAAAAUACGUGACCACGUCCCGUAACCUGCUCAAUCUCACUGCCUCCUCUGUCCUCUCUGCCUGCUGUCCCAGCGCAGGGCCAUGCCGACCCUCAGAAACGGAAACCUCUCAGCACUGCCCUGGCGGGAGUUUGUGCUGGAGGGCUUUAGAGGAGUGGAGGUUCAAGCUCUGCUCUUUGCUGUCUUCCUGGCCCUCUAUGUGCUGACCGUCCUGGGCAAUGUCACCAUGAUCGUGGUCAUCACCCUGGAUGCCCGCCUGCACUCCCCCAUGUACUUCUUCCUCAAGAACCUGUCCUUCCUGGACCUCUGCUACUCCUCCGUCAUCGCCCCCAAUGCCCUGGCCAACUUCCUCUCCUCCAAGGCCAUCAGCUUUAGGGGAUGUGCCACCCAGCUGUUCUUCUUCUCCUUACUGGCUACCACUGAGGCUUUCCUCUUGGCUGUGAUGGCCUAUGACCGCUUCUUGGCCAUCUGCAGCCCCCUGCAGUACCCUGCGACCAUGUGCUCCAAGACAUGCUCUCGCCUGGUGCUGGGCACCUACUGUGGAGGCUGCCUCAACUCCAUGGUACAGACCAGCCUCACCUUCCAGCUGCCCUUCUGCGGCUUCAACCGCAUCGACCACUUCUUCUGUGACGUGCCCCCGCUGCUCCAGCUGGCCUGUGCCAACACGGCUUUCAAUGAGCUUCUCCUGUUUGGCCUCUGUGGUUUCAUCAUUGUGAGCACUACACUAGCGGUCCUGGUCUCCUAUGGCUACAUCGCAGUGACCAUCCUCAGGAUGCGCUCAGGAUCUGGGCGGCACAAGCUCUUCUCCACCUGUGGCUCCCACCUGACAGCCGUGUCCUUAUUUUAUGGAACACUAUUUGUGAUGUAUGCCCAGCCAGGAGCUGUGGAGUCCAUGGAGCAGGGCAAGGUGGUCUCCGUCUUCUAUACCCUGGUCAUCCCGAUGCUCAACCCCCUCAUCUACAGCCUGCGGAACAAGGACGUGAAGGACGCUCUGCAGAGGCUGGGACAGAGGCACAUCGCCAUGUGAAGAAAAUUCUGGUGAGAGUGUCCAUGGAGCUGGACUGAAGGGCUCUAUGGAGAUAUCUGAUCUUCCAACUGCUCUCUACUUCAAAAUGCACUUGAAGGUGUUGGGGCACAUGUUCACCAAGGUCCUUUGAGCAUUUCAUGGACCAGAUGUUUAUUACGUGUGAGAUGCACGGGUGGAGAAGGCUGGUCUACAUGCAGAACUCUGACCCCAAGAAGACUGGGUGGGCACCAUGCAGAACUCUGGGGAGGACUGACAGCCUGACCACAAGAAGCCUGGGUGGGCACCCAGCAGGGCCUUGCCUUCUGCCUCCUCCUUUGCAUCUCUGAGCCAUUUCCCAGGCUUUAGUUGGUCAGAGGAUAGAUAUGGUGCACCCUGAUUAAAGUCGUCAGACAACAAUGUGUGUCUCACUAACCCAGCUUUCACCCAGACGCAGAGCCUGGCUGGCCGGUGGCCUCCCGUGAUGCGAGUGAAGGGUCUGCCUGCCCGCUCCCUCAGCCCAUCUUCCACACCAGUGCCAAGGAGCUACUAAAAAUAAUAACUGUUUACAGAUCAACAACCAAGCCAUCCCGCAGAGCGAGUCUGGCAUCAGGUGGAGCAGGGUUGGCUGUGAGUGGCCCAGUCUGACAACGAGAGCCCGUGUGCGAAGGAGCUGCAGGGGGUCUGGGCAUCGGGGUGGCUUCUCUUGGGGCAGAGCUUGCCCAGGCUCCUGGGACCUGGUAGCCCCUUCCUAGCCUCAGGAUGGACCUGGGAGAAAGUAAAAAGCUGCACUGUGUGUGUGUGACCAUAACUGUAUACAUCAUAUACACACAGUGUGUGUGCACAUGGAUGCAGAGCAGGACUUAUCCCUUCUGGUAUAUGCACAUAUGUCUGUACAUGCACAAUAAAAACACUAAUUCCAAGGGAAAAUACACAAGUUUCACCUACAACUCAGCAAGUUCAACAUUUGCAGGUCAAGAGAAGGUACGGCUCACUCCACCUGCCUGUCCUCGCCCUCCGGGUUAGCCUUACCCUGACUAACCACAUUUUCAGGA